AUGGCCGCACAAAUGGCCAUGUAUGCCCCGUCGCACGGGAAGACAGGAUCAUCGGGCUCGAUUCCUCCUUAUCCACAGCCACCUUCGCCCACGCUCACGAAUCCCGACAUGAUCUUGCCCGACCAUCUUCCUGACUCCCCCGACCGGUCGCGGUCGCCUUUAAUGAUGUGGAAUAACGGCGGCUUCGACUUGGGCGUCUCUGCCUACAACAUGAAUGUGGCCCACGCGCCCACCACGCCCAUCAUAUAUGGAAAUGGCACCAUGUUGUCAGAUAUCGGCGAGGUCACAGAGGCCGAGAGUACAGUUGGCGGACCCGUCAAGUCGCCGCGCAAUGGUUACUACAAGGCUGGCUUUGGCGUGAGGCAGUCGUCCAACAACCCCGCCUAUGAGGCCGCCAAGAAGAAGAAAACGAAGAAGUCGGAGCCCAAGGUCAUGUCACGAGAUCGGGAAAGACGCUUGUCCAUGGAAUCUACCAGCACGAUUACGAAUGGCGACAACCCCGGAACUUUUGCCGACUUUGACGACUCCGUCAGUGUUGUGGAUAGCAACUUCCAGGGUGAUGAUGAGGAGAGUGUUGCCGACUCGUAUGUCUUCUAUGAUGGUGCCGACGAGAGGACGCCAGAGGAGGAAGCUGCUCGAGAGGCCGAGGAACGUUACUCUACGGCAUUGAGUCGCAGGGCAGAACAAAUUCUUGCCAAUGCUAAGCGGAGAUUGACAAAUAUGGAGGGUAAUCUGAACCGAGCUCGAUCGUCAUUGUCAGUGGAUUCGGGUGGUUCAGAGGCAUCUCCGACACCAUAUUCCAGGCCAGGAACUGCUCUACAACGACACCACGACUCGGGGCCACCAAGGGGUUUCAUUGGACAUAGUCGAAUCUCGAGCGAAAAUGGCCUGCUAAACACAAACGACUUCAAACCUGCCACUCUAUCGCCAAGAUCUUCAAGCGCACUUGGUGUGACAGGCUCCUAUCAGCAGUUGUUACGAAGUUCUUCUUUUCGGAGUGCAGAAUCUAAGAGAGACAGUCCUCCGAAUGAAAACCACGUCAACUCAGUCUAUGGAAAUGCAGCAUACACAAAGAGCAAAGUCUCCAUGCACGACAGCAAGUACACCCUAGAGCAGCUCGGUGAGGAUGAUGCUUCCCGACCGGCAGUACCUACACAAGAUAGCCUCGAAGAUGCCAAGCUGGAUACAUUCCUUAACCCAACUUUUGGCUCUUACGAUGACAAAGGACUUCGGAGAUCUGCUUCCACUGCACAAAUGCGCGACAUCAAGGAUCACAUGGCCGAGCUCAAGGGUAGACUUUCAAGUUUGAGAGAUCAAGCUCGGGCAGAUAGCAUGAAACGACGUAGUGUACAAAGCCUGCGUUCUGCCAGUCCUUUUACUCACGCACGGGAGCUCAGUUCGGACAGCAAGAUUGAGCUGCCAAGUGGCAAGAGCAUGAAAGACAUCAACAAAUGGAACGACGGAGUAGAAAGUCUGCACGAGAGUGAUAUCGGCGAUGAUGAGGACCAAGAAAUAAACGACAACAUGUCCAUCAUCAGCGACUCUAUAUACUCUGAACAGGAGGCCAUGUCGCCACGAACUGGUUGGAAUCAGGACACCGAAACGAGAUUCGCAGAAGCAAUUACCACCGACUAUCCCGCAAUGGCCAAUGGAGGGGCAGCGCUUGACGACGAUCUCGAAGACAUGCGAACUGAAGACGGCUACGAUGAUAUUGAAGACGACGAGACCGACUUCCAAGAUGUCAUGAGUGAAGGAGGCGAAUCGCUGUACCAUGACACUGUACAGCACCAGGUUUCUCACGAGGAUCGUGAAGAUGCAUUUGAUUAUGAGCACUUUUUCCUCCACAGCGCCAUGGGCAGCAUGACGCAGAGGAAACUGACACGGUCACGCAGCCGCGGCAGCCGGGCCAGCUUUAGCUCAGAGGACUCUGUUGAGACGACUCGUGGACCUACCAUUAAUGGCGAAUAUCAACGCGGCCGGAGAGGUAGCAAUGCAUCUCUCUCUAGUGUGGACUCCUUCCUCACGGCAACCGAAGGCAGGAUCACUAGAGCAGAGAAUAAUGAGGGCAUGGAGUACUUUCCAGCACAGGGAACCACCGCGCCUAAGAGGACUCGCUCGCACACCCCUAACAAGAGCAAACGAAUCACUUUGGACUUGGGCAGGCCGACUUCGCAUACUGACCUGAGUCAACCUCGCGCCACGCUGAUACAAAGGCCUCAGAGCAGUGCAGCUACGUACAUGCAUCGUCCUUCGGUCUCGUCCCUGGGUUCGGCUGGUACGAAUAGAAGUUUUCCGCUGGUCAACCGUCCGAAGCCCAAUGGUGUCCUGACCCCUUGCGAGUCACCGGACCAAGGGCUUAAAAAGAUCUCCGAGACUCUUAUGAGUGAGACCGCGAGCCUUUGUGACAGCAUCAACCUUGGAGAAAAGCCCAUCGGGCAGCUCGAAAAGGAAGAUCAAAUGCUUGUUGAGCGAAUGGUUGCCAGCCUGGGCAAAUGUGUAUUGGGUCUUUCAGAAAAUGGACGCGCAGGUUCAGAGAGUCGUGUCUUUAGACGACGAAUUGAAGCUGCAAGGCAAAUUCUGGAAGGAAUCCAACCUGUGUAA